UUCAAAAACCUGCCAACGUCCCCUUUUGAAAGUGUGUAGUCCUGUUUCUGCUUUCAGUGCCACUCAAGAGACGACAGAAGAGGACCGAAAUAUGCUCUCCAGACACGGAACUCGGGCUUAUUUCCGUUAACUUACAGGAGGUUUGUGAUUUUGACUGCGCUGAAGUUUGAAACAAACUAAAGGAAAAGACACAAAACAGCAACAAGUCGUGCAGGUGGUAGAGCACACGCUGACCGGAGGAACCAGACCACAUCAAGACUCACCACCCAGACCUUCCAGUCUCACCUGAACCCGACGAGAAAGACUAAACAUGUCCGUGGAGAGUUACUCGGCGCUGGACGAGUCCUCCCUCCGAGCCCUGCUGGAUGGAACCGUGGAUCUGGACGAGAGACGCCUCAUCCGUUCAGCCAUCCGGGAGUUGAGGAGGAGGGAGAUUGAGGACAUGGAGGCUGCUCUGGCCAGCAAGAGAUUUCGACCCACACGCCUCAAACAGCAGGAAGACAAGGAGAACCAGCACAGGUCUGAAUCCAGCGACAACUUGGACGUGCUGUCACAAAAACUGCAAUCAAUCCAGGACAUCGAUGAGCUCACGAAAAUGCUCCGUGCUGCCAGUGAGUACGAGGAGAGGAAGAUGAUCAGAGCAGCCAUCCGUCAAGUCCGAGAUGAACAGCAGCAAGGGACUGUGGAGCGGGGUAAAACUCUGGGUCGCUGCGGGGAGCCUGAGAGUGUUGAGCCUCAGAGCACCAUGGGAACCGGGGAGACAGAGCGGGAGAGUCACAGUGAGCGUAUCAGAUCUCAGAUCCGGGAGUUUAGCGGCCAGCAGACACAACAAAGCAGAGAGCUGCAGAGAAUAGGCUCCAACUCAGGCAUGGUGUUGGUUCUUGAUCACCUGGUGAAGGACGAUGGCCCCGGACCUCUGCUGAUCCAGCCUCAGAGAGAGGCUGUGACCACGGAGCCGGACCUGGUCCUGCCUCAUCGUCAAAGGUCUGACUCCUCAGCUUCAGACCGCAGUGGGGCCUCUGUGCGUUCUAGGUCGAAUCUGGAUUCUGCGGCCUCAGAGAAGAGCGUGGGCUCAGCCUACAGAGCCCGGCUGGACUCUGGAGCUUCAGACAGAAGCCAGAGUCCCUCUCAGCGCAGUCGGCGAGGCUCUGGGGCAUCAGAACGAAGCGUCAGCUCCCUGACCCAUGUCAGACAGAGACUGGGUUCAGAUGUCUCCAAUUCUGGCGCCAGGCCCCGUUUGGGCUCCGGGGCUUCAGACAGCGUUGGUGUGUUGUCAAGGAAACGGACUGACUCUGGGACAUCUGACCAAAGUGUAAGUAUGUCCUCUGAGGAGAGAGGUCCAGCUGAGGAGGCGGAGGUCGCUACAAGUGGGUCAACUUGCAGCACAGAUUCAGAAUCCGAGAGCAGAAACCAAGGUCCAGCCAACACUCAGGCUCAGUCCAACCAGGACCGCAUCAUUGACCAGGAGCAGCCGGAUGGGGCCUUUUUAUCCCGGAGAGAUCCUGCAAAUGGACUGCUCAACGGCAGCGCCAAGGGAAAGAACGACUUCCAGAAACAAACGAUGACAGGUAACAGUGCCCUGCCCCUUACUCAUGGCAAAGGAAAGGACUCUGCACCUGAGAAGAAAGAUGUAAUAUUGGAACAGUUCAACCGCACCAACUCUGUGCGGGAUCGAAUGCGCAAGUUCACAGAGCCCAGCCAGAGCCCAAAUGUCCCAAGUUUGAAGAAAACUCCUCUGAGGAACGGGACCACCUCCGGCAGCAGUGGCCAGACGAAUCUCUCCAGAGCGGCUGAGCUGUUUACACACACAACAGCAUCCCUCAGCACAUCUGGAGACAGGCCAGCAAGGCCACGUGUGGACUCCACAUCUCACACCUCUGCCGCAUCCCAAAGUCAGGCCACACCUCAACCGGGAGGCGGGCCUAACAAACCUCUGUCCUCAGCUGGCCAAUGGCAGAACUCCAUGGGUGGGACGAGGCAUCCAGCUGAAAAAGAUGAGCAUGCCUCCAGCAACUCAAAGGAAGACGGGACCCCAGUGAGAGCAGCUGGACAGCAGGUCACCCAGGGAGAGGCAGACCCGGACAUGAAGACUUUCCUCACCAUCGAGAUCAAGGAUGGGCGCACCACCACCUCCUCCACAUCCUCCACUCGGGGCAACAUCGUACCCAUCACCAACAUGGCACCACGCAUCACCACUAAUGCUCUGGGACAGCGAGCAGAGUUGACCCUUGGCCUCAGAGCUACACCGUUCAAGAUCUCCUCAUCCAGCCUCUCCUCUGGAUCCUCCAUCAAGAUGGAGACAGAGCCCAUCGUGGCCUCUGAGCCAGUGUAUUCAGCUGGACCGUCUGCCCAGGUGGUGUGUAAUGUCCCCGCCAUCCCCAACGGCUCCAGCACUCAGACCAAAACAGAUGAGCGCUCCGGAAAUCUGACUGCCGAACAGCUGGCUGCUAUCGAGGACGAGGAGCUCCUCGAUAAAAUGCUCGAUGAGUCAAAAGACUUUGAGGAGAGGAAGAUGAUCCGUGCGGCCAUGAGAGACCUUCGCAAGAGAAAGAGAGAGGCCAUGUUGGGAUGUACUCAGGAGGAAAUAGGUAUUGCAGACCAAAGAGAAAAGGAGCGCGAGACCCGUCUGCAGGAGCUCCGGCAGCAGAGGGAAGAGCGAACACAGAAAGGCCGCACUGGGGUCGGAGCAGGAGAGGUGGUGAUGAGGAAAGUGGAGAAGUCCGCGGAUGGCUCCAGCCACAGCCAAGUCACCAAGACAGACCGCUUCGCUUCAUCUGAUGAUGGGAGCAGAUCAACACGCAGCACUGUCAUCGAGGCCAGUUAUGUGCAGAAAACAGACAGAGGGACAGUCCAGUCAAAGUCAUACAGCUACAGCUCUUCCACAUCAUCCUCCUCCUCCUCCAACACAAGCAAAAAAGUGGGCAGUGUUUUUGAUCGGGAAGAUGACACAUCGUCUCGCAGUGGCAGCAGCGGGCUGGCCGCAGUGGAGCGAAGGCAGGCAGAGCGGCGCAAGGAGUUAAUGAGGGCACAGACACUGCCGAAGACCUCUGCCAUGCAGGCCCGCAAAGCCAUGAUAGAGAAGCUGGAGAAGGAGGGAGGCGGCCCUGGAAAUCAGGCGGUGGCCAAGGUAAACAAGGUCCAGCGUUCCACCAGCUUUGGUGUACCCAACGCAAACUCCAUCAAGCAGAUGUUGCUCGACUGGUGCCGUGCCAAGACCCGCUCUUAUGAGCACGUCGACAUUCAGAACUUUUCAUCCAGCUGGAGUAACGGCAUGGCAUUUUGUGCCCUGGUGCACAACUUUUUCCCUGAAUCCUUUGACUACAGCUCUCUGAGCCCGAGCAACCGCAGGCAAAACUUUGAGGUGGCCUUCAGCACUGCAGAGACAUACGCCAACUGCAUGCCUCUGCUGGAAGUGGAGGACAUGAUGAUCAUGGGCAAUAAACCUGACUCCAAAUGCGUCUUCACCUACGUACAGUCUCUGGUCAACCACCUGCGCCGAUACGAGAUGUCCAUGGGUCGGCCCUGUGACCUCUGACCUGUGCUCAGUGAGCCUCGAUGCCUCCCUCUCCCAACCUCUCCCUAAGCUCAAUCGCCACCUGAUGACUGCCUCCGCACUGACGGGCUGAGUCACAGAGUUGCUCAUCUCUGAUAGACACGUUGGGGAUUGUGUGUGUGCGUGUGUGUGUGUCAGUUUUCUUAUUACCUGUGUUGGCAGUGGUGAUGUGUAUUCAUUGUUUCAUUAACACACAGUCCACCUUCCUCCAGCAAGAGAGCGCCAAAGUUUUUAUAACACAACCUUAUAAGCUUUAAAAUUUUACUCUUUUUAAUUUUUUGUACUGUUUGUACCGGGUCAUAUUUAACACACAGACAUUGUGUCACGACGCUAGUGUACUGAAAACACAUCGAGACAGAAAAAAGAAAUAUUUUUUAUAGUAUUUCCCCUUUUUAAGUUAUUUAUACCUACAUAUUUCUCUGCUACACUUUUGUAACAAGUACUGUAAUUUGCUCGCAUUUCUUUGGGUGAUUCCACAAAGGAAGAAAAAUACACUCAACCUUAAGAUGGAUUUUCAUUUCGGUACUUCUUCAUUUUUACCAAACUCUGGCUGCUUAAAGUAUUUUAAUUAAGUUAUUACUAUUCUCAUGUUAAUGUUAUCAGUUAGCAUAUUUACCAUUUAAUUCAUGAGCACAGGGAUGUUCUGUCGUAAUUGUUCAAACGGAUGCAACAUUGUUAUGAGUAAUGUCACCUUUCUGAACUCUACCGUGCUACUGAGAACAUGUGUCAGAUUAUUAUCAUAUUAUUCUAGCAGCAAAAAAUGCAUGCAGUAAAACACUUUUUUAUUCAGGUAGAAAGAAAACAACAGGAGUUUGUUGUAGUCUGAUGUCAUACAGCUGAAUCGUAUCAAUACUUGAUGUUUCUUAGCGCUUGACUGACAGCAUAUGUGCAAAAUAACAUGUAUAACAGAGCUACCGUCAUCCACCAGCAUCACUGCCCUGCAAACACACUCACACACAGCUCUGUUAGAGGGCUCCUUAUUUAUGCUUGAGUAGAUUUUUUUUUUCUUUUUGAAAAUAUAUUGUUUUUUAUUUUGUUAGUGUGUACAUGAUGCUUUUGAAAGCUCAAGCUAUCACGAUGUUUUGUCAAACUAAUUGGGGUCACUUUUUGGUCGAGUUAACGGGCCCGACGAAAGCCGGCUUUCCUUUUAAACGUGAAAGAUCAUGACUGAACGUAACCGCCAAUUGUAUAUUUUACAACUUGAAGCUAAGAAAAUUUUUUAAAUGAAAAUGUUUAUUCCGCUUGUAAAAAUUUAAAAUUCCUUUAAGAAGAUCGUUCCAGAGCUGAAUGAGCUUGAUGAAACUUAUUUCUUAAAGCUCUGUUUGAGUAGAUUUAGAGAAAUUAUUUGAGGAUUAUUCCACCGCUGCCAGCUGAAAAACAAACAUCUUCCAUGGAGCAGUGAGUGCUGUACAUAAGAGCUUAAACACAUUAUAAUUUCACGUUUCUGUGCACCACAGUUAAAUGUGAAUUAAAAUAAACAAAUUUGAGAAAUGA